GAGGUUUUGUGCACUGGGUGAUAGAGUAACUAUGCCAUGGCGCUUCAACCAAUUCCAUUGAAUUGUUCAUCCUCCACACUCUGUCGCUCUUCUUCUCUGCAUUCUCUGUUUUUCCAACCCCCAACUCUUGUUACUAUCAAAUUCAGAGUUUCUUGUUCGAACCAGACAGCGGGAGUUCAGACUCAACAAGUGAAGACAGUGAAGAAGAAAAAGAAGACCAAUCAUAGACCAAGCUUCUUUCAUCAAAUUCAAGAUAAAUGGUCUCAUAAAUUGGGGUCCCAAAGAGAAAAAUUUCCAUGGCAAGAAUUGCAAGACGAGGAGGAACAACGACACCAACACCACCACCACCAACAACAACAACCACCUAAAGAAGAAAGGCAUGAGAAGUUGCAGAAUACGAAAAAGCCUCCAGAAUCGAAUUUUCAGUUUCCGAAGCGAUUUUCGCCGUGGCCGCAAGCAGUGAACUCGAGCAAUGCACGGUUUGCUUCUGAAUCCUAUGAUUCCGAAGAGGAGAAUGACAUUGAGGGUGUCAAAGGUUCUGGCGGUGAAGAGAGAGAGAGAAUGGUGCGUAAGGCUUGGAAUGUAUCAGAGGGAGUGAAUGGGGAGAGGAAAAAAAGAAGAAGCAACACGGUGCUGGCGGAGAGGACGAUUCCUGAACAUGAAUUGCGGAGGCUGAGAAAGAUUGCGCUGAGGAUGAUGGAGAGGUUUAAUGUUGGAGUGAAGGGCAUCACGCAGGAGUUGGUGGCUUCCGUUCACGAAAAGUGGAGGGAGAGUGAAGUUGUGAAGUUCAAGUUUGGUAUUCCUCUUUCUACUCACAUGAAAAAGGCUCAUCAACUCCUUGAGAGUAAAAUUGGGGGCAUAGUGAUAUGGCGAUCGGGCAGUUCCAUAGUAUUGUAUCGGGGUAUGACCUACAAGUUUCCCUGCGUUGAAAUGUAUAAGGAAGUGAAUGAUGCCAAGGAAAAUGCUGUGAAUAACUCACUACAUGUUGGAAGUGGAAGUAAUGGUGAAGCAAAUGUCCGAGAAACAGUUGGAAUUACAGAGUCAUUUAUCAAAGACUCUGAAGAGUGUUUGAAGGACAUGAGUGAAAAAGAAUUGAUGGAAAUGUGUGACCUCAACCAUUUGUUAGAUGAAUUGGGUCCACGUUUCAUAGAUUGGACAGGCCGUCAACCAUUGCCUGUUGAUGCGGACUUGUUGCCUGCUGUGGUUCCAGGAUAUAAGACCCCAUUCAGACUUCUUCCCUAUGGAUUACGGCCUUGUUUAACUAACAAGGAAAUGACCAACUUCCGUAGGCUUGCAAGAACUACAGCUCCACACUUUGCCCUUGGCAGAAACAGAGAUUUACAAGGUCUAGCUAGUGCUCUGGUCAAGCUGUGGGAAACAAGUGCUAUUGCAAAAAUAGCCAUCAAACGAGGUGUGCCCUUUACAAAUAAUGACAGGAUGGCUGAAGAACUUGUGAAAUUGACUGGAGGAAUUCUACUUUCCAGAAAUAAAGAAUAUAUUGUACUUUACAGAGGCAAUGACUUCUUGCCUCCUGCUGUCACAAAUACACUGAAUGAGAGACAGAAACAAACCUUCCUCCAACAAGAAGAGGAAGAGAAAGCUCGGCAAAUUGCUUCAUCUAUUACUGUCUCAAAAACCAAAGCAGCUCAAGUGCCAUUUAUUGCCGGCACCCUUGCUGAGACUAGGGCUGCAACCUCCAACUGGGGACACCAACCGGAUAAGCAAGAAAUUGAGAACAUGUUGAGAGAUUCUGCCAUGAGUAAACUUUCUGCUUUAAUAAAAAACCAUGAGAAGAGACUAGCUUUAGCAAAAGCAAAGUUCAGGAAGGCUGAGAAGGCUUUAGAAAAGGUUCAGCGUGAUAUGGACCCAGCUGACAUUCCUACUGAUUUGGAAACAUUAACUAAUGAAGAGAGGUUUUUAUUUAGGAAGAUUGGUAUGAGCAUGAAACCACAUUUACUUUUAGGGAGGCGAGAUGUUUAUGCUGGCACCAUAGAAAACAUGCACCUACACUGGAAACAUCGUGAGGUGGUAAAGCUAAUUCUGAAAGGAAGAAAUGCAGCCCAAGUCAAGCAUAUCGCAAUAUCUUUAGAAGCUGAGAGUGGAGGGGUGCUAGUGUCUGUAGAUAAGGACAACAGAGGUCACCAUAUCAUUAUUGUGUAUCGUGGGAAGAACUAUAGCAGUCCACAUUUUGUGAGACCCAAAAAUAUGUUGACACGAAGACUGGCAAUGGCUCGAUCUGUUGAGCUUCAAAGACGUGAGGCUCUUAAACAUCAUAUCCUAGACUUAGAGGAGAGAAUUGGAUUGCUGAAAUCUGAGCUGGAGGAUAUGAAGAACGGGAAGGAGAUUGAUGAUAGCAAAACUCUGCACUCAACACUGGACAAUCCUGUUUCCUCCGACAAUGACUUGGAAGAGAUUGAAUGGAGUGAGAUUUAUUUUAGCGAAGAUGACAGUGAUGAUGAGGAUAAGAAACGUCAAAAUACUUAACUAGGUAAACUAGCACUGCAUUGCAAUAGGUGACGAAGAAGGUGAAGAAAAAUGUGAAGCACCGAAGCUUAAGAUUCUCACCCCUCACUGAAAUAUUUUUGUAGAUGGUAGCAGGCACAGAUUAUUAUUGCUGCCCCAUUGUGAGCACCAUUUAUGCGGGAAUUCUAUCUUACCUAUAACAUCAUGUGAAAUGGUUAAUUCAGUUGUAUGAAUGUAAAUUGCAUUACACGAGUUUGAUAGCGGUUAAUUCCAUUAGGGUAGUAUGACCUUUCAUUGUAGGAUUUCUUUAGAACUGUUAUUCCAUAAAAUAAUAUUUAUUUUGGGGUCAAAAGUAUAUUGUAAUUUAUAUUUGACCUCCAUCCUUAA